UGGGAUUUCUAUAAAAAUACUUAAUACAGUGACUAAAUAGAUGUUCAGGUUUUGAAUUGACAGUAAAUAAAAAUGAAGGGAUUGUGUGAAAAAUCUAAGAAAGACAUAAUACAAGAUGUUAAUUUUAGAAUUGGAAAUGAUAUUACCAAUUUAACUAGUACAUUGGAUUUGGAAAGUGAAUUAGCAGAGCAAAAAAAAUAUUUGCAAAGCUGUCUUCAUGCAUGUAAUGAUGAAGUUCCAACAAAAUUGUCAUCCGCUAUUGAAAAGGCAGAAAGUAAUUCAAAGUAUAUUGAAACACUCAAAGAAAAGAGUGUGCUGUUGAAAAUAAAAGUAGAUGACUUUAUUCAAAGAACAGAACCUAUAAUGGGAGAGUUGGAUAAAAGGUUUACAGCCAUGGCUAAAUUGGAGGAAGUUUUAGCUUACUUGAAAUCAUAUGCAAGAAUUGAAGAACUAUGUGCGCAAAUGAAACAAUGCAAGGAUGAUGAACAACUUGUGGUUCUCUAUGGGGAAAUUAAAGCUAUGUGCAAUAAAUACAGGAAUGGACACAGGGGCACAUACAUUAAAGACUACACACACUACUGGCAUGAUAUAUUAAAAGAAAACCUUACUAAGCAUUACGAAGAACAUCUGAAAGUGAUAAAGUGGCCUUUAUCUACUUCUGGAGCAGAAAAUUCACCAUUACCAAAAGAGGUAAUGAACAAGUUCACAAAUCUUACAAGACACCUGUUUCUUAUACAAGAGCCGGAAGAUGUGAAUGCUACAUUACCUACUGAUAUUACACAAGAUCAGAACCCGAGCUUGCCAAUCAGGAUCCUGUUACGGCCAUUAAAGAAAAGAUUUGCGUUCCAUUUCACUGGCUCUAGGCAGACCGCCCGUAUAGACAGGCCGGAAUGGUUCCUUACUCAGACUCUGACUUGGAUAAAGGAUCAUCAGGCGUUCGUCAAAAAUAAUGUCCAGCCAGUUGCUGAUAAGCUGCAAAUGAAACAUAUUGAUGCUGUAAACGAAUUCAACACAGGACUCAUAGCGUUAGCCGCUGAGAGGUUACAUACAGUGCUCGCAGCGUACCACACACAAGGGUCGAAAGGUGGUGUGGACGUCGAUGCUGCGUUUGCGCACGCUGUGGACGAAACCCUGGGAUUCCAUAGAGAAUUGAUCACGGUGACAGAGAAUGAAGCCAGCAAUAUUCUGUCUGUGUUGACCAAAGCUGAAACUUUCGUGCAAUGGCUGGCCGUUGAAAGGAAAUACGCUCUGGCGAAGAUGGACGAUAUAUUGGACAACGAGCAGUGGACGGAGCCGGUAGCAGCAGGCGUUGGCGCGGCGGUGGGCGCUUUACUGUGGGUGCCGCGCGGCGCUGACUGGUUCGUGACAUUGCUCAAGACUAUAGAAGACCGAUACGCUGCGCUGCCUCAGCCUGGACAUAGGCUGCAGUUCCUGGAGCUGCAGUUGGAGCUGGUGGAGGAGUGGCGCGUGCGGUUGACGCAGCUGCUGGGGGCGGCGGCGCAGGAGCUCUCUGCUGGUGGCUCCCCGCCGCUGCCGGCCAUCGUCAACGCGGCGCACCACACGCGCGCCGUGCUGGUGCAGUGGGCGCACUCCCUGCAUUACCUUCAGCUGCACUACUACAGGCGCCAGUUCCAGCACUUCACGCAGCAGCAGCACAGAACAGAAGACACGCCCUCCACCGUCGGCAGCGUUGUGCUAGAAGAUGGCAGAGAAGAGCCAGAAAUAGCAGAAACUAUGUCGUUGAGUGAAGUGGAGAUUCAGGCGAAGCGGCUAGCUCUGAAUGAGGUGACGAGGAGGAGUUCCGCUUUGCCGGAAACCAUGCAAGAGCAGAACGAACAAAAUGACGUGUGGGCAACUGACAGACUGAUAGCGGAACAGAUAUUGAACGUGGAUACUACAGCUGAAGACGAUUUGGAGGACGACGGGGCGUUCGCUGAAGUGAGCGGUCUACUAGCACACCUCCGAAACGCCGGCCUGGCGUUGCUAGCAGAACACAUUAUACUGGAGUUUAAGGCUACUAUACGGGAUUAUAAGAAGCAGAAAUGGCACGCCAUGGUAACAGUAGAGGAUUCCGCUCUCUGCGUAUCAACGGCGCUAUGCGGGCCGCUGGCGGCGCUGUGUGCACGCACCACGUGCGCCGCGCGUGCGCUCGCCCCGCCCCUUGCGGCGAGACUGCGUGCACUGUUAGCUGAUCACGUGGAUAGACAUUUGUAUGAGGAAGUGGUACUAGAGAGCUGGUUCAAUACGGGCGGCACGCUGCAGCUAACUCACGACGUCAAACGGAACCUCGUGCCGGCCUUCGCGCCGCCAAACAAGAACGCACAAAAACUUAAAAUACUGCCGAGAUUACAAGAAGCCUGCCGUAUCCUCAACCUAGACUACGAGGACGCGCGGCGUGUUUGCACCGCGCUAGCACGAGGGCCCCUGUCCGCAAGGGCUCCCCCAGGGGCGGUGCCAGGGGCGGAGCUAGCCGCCACCAUCACUUUACCCGCCACUGAGGCGCUCAGGAUUCUCAACCAACGCACAGACUUGAGUGAAAACGCGUCCCCGUCGUAUGUCAUGGAACUUUUCUGAAAUUUCGAAGGGGGAGGUGUGUAAACCUCCCGUCUUCUCUGAAAACACGCAUUGCAAUAGUAAGUAGAUUUUUUGUCUCACAAUAUACUUAAAUUACUAUCGGGGAAGUUGAGUCAUAAGCAGAUGGCGGACCUGCGUAAUUUGGUCGCACUAUCGACCGAUCACAACCUAUCCGACAGAUCAUAGCUAACAUUGAAUUGACGUAAAUUGACGUAGGUCUCUCAGCUGUCUACGAAUCAAGUUCUUCGAUAGUAUAUGUAUCUUAGGCUGCCUUCACAUUAAGUCGCGAGUAGUGCGGCAGCAGCGCGACUUCCAUACUAAAACGCUGCCGAUGCUGCGCGGUUCGCGACUGAAGGCAGCCUUAGUCAGUAGUAGAAUUUUUAACAUACUUACAAAAUUUUAAAUAGAAUUUUUGUCUCAUAACAUACUUAAAGUAUAAUAUUAUCUUGAAGCAACAAGUGAAUGACCGUUGAAAAUGGUCCAUAACACUAUAUUUUACAGUGUAAAUUAUUUUUGUAGGAAGUACGUAUUCAAUCGCUCGUACUUUAUCCCAAGCAAAGCUUAAAAAAUAUUGAUGUAAAAUACAAAUCCCUCUUAAAAAGAUUUUUGCUGAUAAAAAAAAUGUAAUUGAUUGUACUGCCGGUUCUUGGUGGAAAUUCAUUUUAAACACUUAAUAAUUAGUGACUCGUAAUAACAUUCCAGUGAAGAAUAAAGUAUACGUAACAUUCUUUUAUAUUAGAAAAAUCGAAUAAUCGAUUAUUUAAUACAUUAUUCGAAUAAUUAGUCGAUAUGUCGGUCACGUAACGAAUAUCUUAUGUUGCGGCCGCACAUGCAUAGUGCUUCGUGCUUGAGAUGAUACCAUUGGACGAUCUGCGUGUA